GACAGCCAGGGAGAGCCCAGAGCCGGCUCAGUCGGAGCUCCAGAGUCGAACGCCCACCCACACCUUUCCCACCAUCACUUCCUCCUUCUCCUCCCAUUGCCAUAACAACGAACUACGGUCCGCCAGCUACAAAGUGAUAUUGAUACCAGCCAACAACUCGAAACAGCCCCAGCAGCAGCGGCAGCAAUAUCCCCAACUGAGGACCGCGGGUGAAAGGGAAGAGGAGGGAAGGGAAGCCGUGUGGGUGUGUGCGCGUGUGUCUAUCUGUCACUCAGUCCCUGCCCGGCCCUUCACCUCCCUCGCAUAGCACACGCACAGUGCGUGCCCACCCUCUCCGCCUCCAGGGUGCCAACUUACAGGGCACUUAGGCGGGCGGACACUCACUGCUCCUCCUUCUGACUGAGAAUAGAAACUCCCAUCUCCUCUGAACCGGUGGUCUCCCCCGCAAAAUAAAACCUUCAUCUAGAACAUCCCUUUUGGAGGGUCCCCCCACUCAAGGCUAGGCGAAGAAAUGAAACAGAAUAGGAUCCCCACCUCGUGUCCCUGUGCCCUUUAUUCCCCAUCUCCAUUCUAAGGAGUAAUGAAGUAGCCGGGACAGGAAGCUCGGAGCCCCUCUGGGCUGGGGAGACCUCGGUGGAGGGAAUUCCCCCAGCUGGUUAGGACUAUUGUAAUUGGUGGUUGGCUUUUUUUUUUUUUUUUGAGGGGGAGGGCAGGGCGUCUGAACCCUAGUGCAGCAGAGUAAAGAUAUCCCCGAAGGUAGCAAACCAGGGAGAGCGAGGGAGGGGUGAGUGGGAAGAGGGAGGGAGGGAGGGAACGAGCGAGAGAGCGAGGGAGGAGAAAAAGGAGGCAAGAAAAGUAGCUGGAAGUGGGGUCUGCAGCAGGCGCUAAAAGAGCUGUUUGAGCAGUGGCAGCGGAGACCUCGGCGGCAGCAGCGGCGGCGGCAGGAAGUCUGUGCCAGAGAAUAGCAGAAAUUAGAGACCCGAAGAGAUCGAGGCAGAGAGAGUGAAAGAGGAAACUGCAGAGGAGGAAGCACAGCGGCAGUUGAAAGUCUCUUUCUGGUUCCCUCUCUGAGCAUCUCCCUCACACGCACGCACGCCGGCAGCAGCAGCAGCAGCAAACAGCAGCAGCGGGAGCGGCAGCGGUGCUGGUGGUUGUUGGUUGUUGUUGGUGGAGGUCUAGUCGGCUCUCCAUCCAUUCAGUACUUGCACAUUUCAUCUCCACGAUAGGAUAGCUCUCCCAGCGCCUCUUGCCUCUCCUCCCGCUUUUCUUCCAGAGCCCUACGCACUCCCUCUUCCAGCCCCGCCGCCACCCCCACUCUCCCCCCUCAGUCGUCCCUCCACCUCCACCAGACACUCGGCUGCCAUGGCCCGGGAGAACGGGGAGAGCAGCUCCUCCUGGAAAAAGCAAGCAGAGGACAUCAAGAAGAUUUUCGAGUUCAAGGAGACCCUGGGAACUGGUGCAUUUUCUGAAGUGGUUUUAGCUGAAGAGAAAGCAACUGGAAAACUUUUUGCAGUGAAAUGUAUCCCGAAGAAGGCACUAAAAGGCAAAGAAAGCAGCAUAGAGAAUGAAAUUGCUGUUCUGAGAAAAAUUAAACACGAAAAUAUUGUUGCUCUGGAAGAUAUUUACGAAAGUCCAAACCACUUAUACUUGGUUAUGCAACUUGUAUCUGGCGGGGAGCUUUUUGAUCGAAUAGUGGAGAAAGGAUUUUACACUGAAAAAGAUGCCAGUACUCUAAUCCGCCAGGUUUUGGAUGCUGUCUACUAUCUCCACAGGAUGGGUAUCGUACAUAGGGACCUCAAGCCUGAAAACCUUUUGUACUACAGCCAGGAUGAGGAGUCCAAAAUCAUGAUCAGUGACUUUGGGUUGUCCAAAAUGGAAGGUAAAGGAGAUGUCAUGUCUACAGCAUGUGGCACUCCAGGAUAUGUAGCUCCAGAAGUCCUUGCACAGAAACCUUAUAGUAAAGCAGUUGACUGCUGGUCCAUCGGCGUGAUUGCUUAUAUAUUGCUCUGCGGUUAUCCUCCCUUCUAUGAUGAAAAUGACUCCAAACUUUUUGAGCAGAUUCUCAAGGCAGAAUAUGAAUUUGACUCUCCCUAUUGGGAUGACAUCUCAGAUUCUGCUAAAGAUUUCAUUCGGAAUUUGAUGGAGAAAGAUCCCAAUAAAAGAUAUACAUGUGAGCAGGCAGCUCGGCACCCCUGGAUUGCUGGUGAUACAGCCCUUUGCAAAAAUAUCCAUGAGUCUGUCAGUGCCCAGAUCCGGAAGAACUUUGCAAAAAGCAAAUGGAGACAAGCAUUCAAUGCCACAGCCGUCGUGAGGCAUAUGAGAAAACUGCAUCUCGGCAGCAGCCUUGACAGUUCAAACUCAAGUGUGUCAAGCAGCCUCAGCCUGGCCAGCCAACACCCUGAUGGGACAACCCGAAAAGAUUGCCUGGCAUCCUCCACACUCUGUAGUUUUAUUUCCUCCUCUUCGGGUGUCUCUGCAGUAGGAGCUGAGCGGAGACCGAGGCCAACCACUGUGACCACAGUCCAUACUGGCAGCAAGUGACCGUCCCCAGAGGUGGAGGCUGGGCUGGUGAGGUAGAGGAAAGCGCUAGGAAAGAAGGCCCCACCAGUGGCCAGCAGGACGUGAUCUCACCUGAGUGAUUUCACCUUGCAUGGUGCCCCUUCCUGCACAGGACUGGAAGACAGAAGCUUUUUUUAUGGCCAUAUUUUAUACUGCAAUUCUGAAGUGUUCAUUUCUCACAAACUUUACAGACUCAAGGGGAGCCAAUUUAACUGGUUGGAUCUGGUGCUGUAUAUAUGAGUCUAGAGAUGCUCUAACUGAAUGGACCUUCGCAUUCCUCGCCCCCAUCCCCCUCUCAUUUACUCUCUUCUCAGUGUAGGUAACAGUAUAUGUUGUAUUUUUUCAUUAAUGGGAAAAAAAGGUUUCAACUGGAUUAUUUAAAUAUUGGUAACUUUUGUGCAUUAGGUAUUUCUUUUCUUUUUAAGAAAUAUUUCCUUUCCAAUCUAUAAUUCUUCAAGUCACACAAAGCUCUUUAGUGAGUAGAGAUUUACAUCAACCAUACCCACUGAUUAUUUUUUAUUCCCAGGGGGAUUGAAAAUGAUUUUCUAAAGAUCUACCAAAAUAGGAUACAGGCUCUAUCUCCUAGCAUAAUUAUUCACUUUGCUUCGACUUCUCCUUUUUAUUAUCUCACUUCUUAGGAAGGGCAGCUCAUUGUACAUGACAACACAGCCAUUCAACAUUUGGAGUUAUUCUCUUCUGAGGAGACUUCUCUAGAAAUGUGCUGCCUGUCAUGAGCCUUUCCACAUUAGCCACUCCAGAACACUUAGCAAACAAAUCCAGAAACAGUAGCCAUGGCAUGAUUUGAGUCAUAAAGAAGAUGAAGCCUAUUCCCCAGAGGCCUGAAACUUAAGAAACUCUGAUGCAAUAAGGAGAGGGCUGUCCUUCCAUACCAGAUUGAGAGCUCUGGAGUCAAGGACUGAAUCCUAUUUUUUUGGUAAAAAGAGCCCUUCCUCUGGGGAUGCCCUACAAAGCUGGUAUUUUUCCAUAGCAUCUUUAUAGAAUAAAUUUGCUAUGGUUGACAUGCUCAUACAUUAAUGUUUUGGACGCCUUCUUUACAUGAGAAACCUACCACAACUUUAUUGUUAAAGUCUACUGCCCAUGCAUAACCAUCAUUUCUCAAAAGAGGGAUGACAUCUACAAGCUCUGCCCUCUGUCUCGAAGCUAUGCAGAUUUACAAUUUUCUCUUUCAACUUUUUGAAAAGAUUUUUCAUUAUCAAUCGAAAAUCCCUUCUCCCCCAAACUCAUAGAAGUUGCUACUCCAGAUCUCCAACCUAUUCCCAUCUGGACUGGUGGGGAGAACCAAGGGAGAGUUCAUUUCACUGGCCACAUUCAGCAAACAUUUAGUGGAAAAAAACUAGUGACACCCACAUUGGUAUAGUGAGUUGCAACUGGCACUUUUAUGUCAGCCACAGAAUUUGUAGAAUUAGAUGAACCAAAGACCCAUCUAUAGGUACACACCACUAGCAAGUGCACAGUAAAUAAGCCAGGGUGAAUUUGUUCUUCAAGUAGACUUUAAAGAUGCUGUUUAAAGGAAGCAUGAAGGAGACAGGUGAACUCAGAAUGCUGAUUUGGCAAAAGAUGGCAUCCUGAGCCCAGAAUUUCAUAGAGUCAGCAUCUAGCCAUUCAGAAUAUCCAUGAGAUGUGCCAGAUGGAGAUGAUCUGCCUGCUUCCCUGGGAAUAAACUGUCCUGGCCUUUGUCCUUCUGCCCUCUGAUAGAAGGGUAGUCUUACAGAAGUCCAGUGAAUUCCCCAAACCUCCAAUGCAUUUCUACAGUUAGGUUCCCUCAGGUCAUAUGCCCCUCAUUGCCCUACCUUUGUCAGUCUCCAGACAGAUAGUUUAGUGCCACUCACCACAGUGUUGGCAUACACAUGCUUCUUGCUCUCUAUCUCUGAAGAUGGUAUUGCCAACAGGGAAAUACUCAUUCAAGGCACUGAAAAGGGUGAGCCCUCUAGCAAUAUGGCCAUUGCUACUGCUUUGGUGCCCAUCAUGCUCUGAGCUGCAUGGUGAAAAAGAAAUCAAAUUGUCUUUUGAAGAUUUGUUUGCUUGGAAAGUCGAGAAAUGUAUUACUUGGAUGUUUUCAGAAAAGACUGUCAUACAAGCUGGGAAGACAUGCAUAAUUCUAUGCAGUAACUGUGUCUAGAGGGUUUCCAACUUUGGAAGGAGAAUGAUUUUUGUGUUAUACACAGGCUUCAAGAAAAGUCCAGGGUUUCACCAUGAAAUUAAAUAGCCCUCAACUGCAUGAUCAAUGGGGAACAUCUAAGCUUAUGCAAUUCAUGAUUACAAAAAGACAAAUGAUACUUUGCAAGGAGUGAUCCUUUACCUUAGUCCGGCACCUACAGUGCAUGCUUUAAAAGACAACACUUCAUUUGGAAGCCUUGUGUAUAAGCAUCUGCAUUUAUUAAGCAAAAUUUGAAGCUACAUUCCGAGAGUUACUCAUGAUGACAAAGAUUUUUUUUUUCCUGGAGGAAAUUUAUGAGAUGCAUGUUAUACAAUGAGUGCAUGCACUUAAUCUGAAAUAAUGACAUGAUUGGAAGAUGCAAAAUGGCUAGACAGCUUUUUCAAAAAUCUCAUUGUGGAUAUGCUCUUUGAUUAAAUUGGGUCAUUUCUCUGACACUCUGCAGUGAUUCUGUAAGCCCUGUCUCAAAUUAGCACUUGGAGGUAGGUAUGGGGUGAUCCAGGGGGACCAGUUCUUUUCUAUGUAAAAUGUGAUGAUGCAGAUUGGAUUUAGUAUCCCCAUACCUUGCAUCUAAAAUGGAAUAGAAUAGAUAUUUCCAUCGAAACUUUAUGCUUCAAGAGGGUGAGGAAUAUCAAGCCUCAUGGAAAAUGACUGGUUCUCCUCAAACAAUGAAUGAAAAAAGAAUUUGCUAAGCACUUCCUAUGUGCUAGGCACUGUGCUGUGUGCUGGGGGUACAAAGACAGAGAUGAUCCCUUUUAUUACAAAUGGGAAAAUCAAGGAUUUACUAGAGAUAUUCAACCUAGAGAAGACUGGGGUUGGAGGCAUGCUGGCAGGCUUUGAGUGUACAAAAGUUAUCUUACAGAAGAAGGAUGAGACUUAUUCUGCAUGGACCUAGAGGCCAGAGCUAGGAAUAAUGGGUAGAAGUUGCAGAAACACUGAUUUAAGCUUAUAGUCAGGAGAAAAUUACUCAACAAUUGAGUGGCCCCAUUGAGGAAGAAGCUGCCUCCAGAAAAGCAGUCUGCCAAGCAAUGAGAGCUCAUUAAGGGUUGACUGUUUGCCAGGCACUGGACUAAUCAUUUGGGGGUACAAAGAAAGGCAAAAAUAAGCCCUUGACCCCCAAAGGGUUUACAUUUCUGAUGGGAAACAACAUGUAAAUAACUAGGGACAUAUAAAAUACACAGAGUAGACAGAAGGCAAUCUGAAAGAGGAAGGUGUUUCCCAAUGCUAGAGGUCUUCAAACAGACUCAGUGACCAUUUGUCAGGAAUUGGGCAAUGGUGAUUCCUGUUGAGGCCUGGAUUGAACUGGGUCCCUCACAAUUUUGUGAAUUUAUGAUUUUACUUUUACUUUGGUUUCAACAGGAAAUAAUUAUAUUUUGGUUUUCAGAAUCCAGUUUGCAAACCAGUGGAUUUAUAAUCAAAACAGAAGAGAGUGUAGUUAGAACAAAGCAAAAGGAUGAGGGGUAGACAAUGUUUGAUCACUGGCUUCAAAGAAACCCAGCUAACAUCUGAUUUCAUGGGACCCAAAGUUCACAUUUGGCCCUUUACCUCUUUAGAGCAAAUGUCUCCCUCUCCCUCCCUGUUUAUCUUCUUCCCCCAAACUAGAGGAGAAAAUUUGAAAUGAUGUCUAAAUAUCUUACACUGUUGUUUCUAACUAACCCCCUUUACUUCCCAUCCUCUUCUUAUAGCCUUCACCAUUAUCUUCCCUGAAGCACACACUAAAGUCUGUCCUGUAGUAAUAACACUGAGGAGAAGAGAAAGACAAGCUCCUUAGGUUCCAUUCUGGUUUCUCCUCCCAGGACAGUUGAGGGGAGUCCCUUAUCUCUCCACUGCACUUUCUGGGUUGCCUCCAGCUUCUCUAAUGGAGCACUGCCUUCUCUUCCCACCAUAUAUUAAGUGAGUUACAAUCCUGGCCAUCAACUUUGGUAGGCACAGAGGGAAAGAGAGAUAUGUAGUACCAACAAAAACCAUGGAACUUUGAAAGGCCCUUUCGUACUGGCUUUGGAGCUCUGCCUAGGUAGACAUUGACUUCUUUGCCAUUCUGGUCUUGCAAGUCUAGAAAUAGAGUUAGGACAGCUUUUUUUAUUUCAUGCUGUGACCCUGGGCAAGUCACUUAACCUCUGCCUCAGUUUCCUCAUCUGUAAAAUGAGGAUAAUAAUAGCACCUACCUCCCAGGGUUGUGAGGAUAAAAUGAAAUAAUAUUUGUAAAAUGCUUUGCAAAUCUUAAGGCACUAUUUGCACGUUAACUAGUAUUAUCAUUAUUAUAUAACACUGAAUUUCUCACCCUCCAUAUUUCCCCAUUUUAACAUAAAUGUGGGAACAAGAGCCUUCCUUUGACCUUCUUUUGCAUUAAAGUGGUCAUGCAUUUGGAGGGAAAUUAAGUCACCUCCAUAUUUUUAAGUAGUUCAGGUCACCUGGUGUUUUCCCACUGCCAGGAUAUCACAGUGCCUCUCUCAAUGCAAGCACUUCUAAAGACCCAGAGAAUUUCUGUAAGUAAUAUUAGUGUCAGCAAUAAGGAAAGGCCCUAGCUUCUCUACAUCUGGAUAUCCAGUCGGGCGAAGUAAGAAUUCUCUUGCAUAGAUAGUACAAUUAGCUAGGAGGGAUAUGAUACAAGAAUCUGAAAGGUAGCCUCAGCUUUCAAAUCUAAACUGUAACUUUUGGCCCUACCUGCUUUCUGCUUUGGAAAGCCUUUCCUGAGUACGCUCUGUGAGACUAGUUCAAGUGUUCUCAGGAAAGGAUUUCCUUCUAGGGAAAUUCUAUGAACCCCAAGGGUAGAAGGACCCUGAAAGAGCCGUCAAAAGAAACCCCAAAGGUCAUCUCCCCAAGUAGAACUUGGAUUCUCUGGCCUAAAUCUUUCAAAAGUUAAGCAGUGCAAUCUUACCUUUUGGGAUUUGACCUUUGAUGAGGAGCAAUCAGAUUGAAACAAUAAGAUCUAUCAUCCCAGGGCAAAUGAUCAAAGUCAGAUUGUCCGAGGAUGCUGUGACUCAGUUAGCCUCACAGAUGGUUCCACAAAAAAAACUUCAUUGAAUGAAUAUAAACUGAAAUCUUUUCCCUAAGAUUUUAAUGCAAGAGAAUUAGAGUUAUUCCCCAUACUUCUACUUCUGAAUGGAGUUUUUAGCUCUAAACCCCUAAUCUUCAUGUUAUUUUUCCUAUACUCCCAAGAAGAAAUAGGGAUACUAGGGUAUUUAGUUUGGCUUUGUACAAGGUAUCCCAAAAGUCUUGGUGAAAUUUUGAAUUUUAUAGCUUUAAGCUCCACUAAGAUUUUUGUGAUAUCCACAAUCAGUAGGUCAAGGGUUUCCAGCUGUCCUUUCCUAGUGUUUUCAUAGUCAAGAAGAGAAAGAACAUAGAUCUCCAGGGUCAAAUAAAUAGUUGCCAAAAAAAAAUGAAAUCAGUGUCCAAUCAUCUGACCCAUUUGUGGAAUUGUACUGCCUGUCAUUAAACCAUAGAGCCUCUUCUUUCUUUCUCCACCUCCAUCCCUGAAGAGGUGGCCUUUCCUUUAAACACAUUCCAGACCAAGCACUGUCCAGUUUGUUUUUUGGGGGGGAGAAGUAGAGAUCAUAUAGAUACCUGUAUGUCAUUAGCCAUUGUUUGUAGAUGUUGUGGCCUGAAUGGAGAGCUAAAUGCAUGGCUGGUAUUAGCAGGAAAUGUUCCAAUCUUUUGAUUUUCACGAUUGGAAACACUGACUUGCAAGAACUGAUGUUUGGGGAAACAGUCUAUGACUGAGGGCAAAAAACAGAGUUUUCCCUUUCCUGAAAUUCUACGCAGCUAGAAUGUAGAAUGAAUGUAGAAAGGCAGUUGGUUCAAAGGACUUCAUCAUAGGCUGCAGCCAGUUCUGUAUGUCUGUUGCGAGGAUGAGGAAAAGUUAGAAUAGUUACUUUCCUUGUGGUUCCAGCACCUCUCAAUUCACAGCCCAGUCACCUGCAAACCCAGUAUCUCUCAAUAUGCACCAAUCUGUUUGGCCACACCAUGAAGUCCACCAUGCAUGCUAGCGAAGGCUUGAUCUUUCUCAUGCUUUAUAGAAUAGGUAGCACCAAGGCUAAAGCAGGAAGUCGUUCAGCUCACAUUCUAUUCCUUUCCUUCUCUCUGAAUCGGGAGCAGUUCUUCUAGCCAAGUUUUGGGGGAAUCUGCUUUCAGCAAACCCAAGGAGCUUUAUCUUUGGAAGCCAAACCCUCAGCAUGUGGCCGCUAAAUUUGGUCUUGUAGACUAAGCAAAUUGUGGAAUGGCUUCAGUUCCUGUAUCUUUCUUCACCAAAGGGAUGAACUCUGUUGCAAUGACCCUUUGUAAUCCCUAUUGAUGCUUCUGUAUUUGCCAUAAAAACAAGUUUUUAAUUGUCUUGUCUCCAGGGACCUUUGCACAUUAUUGUAUCUUCCAAAUGCUUACCAUAUUAUUUUACUUAUGGGUGAUUUUAUUUUCUUCUGGGACAGGAAAUAAAGAUUGUAUAGGGAGAAGUUUGGAUCUCUGGCAACAGAUAUAUAGGACUGCUAUGUCUAAAAGUUCCAAAUGUAAAUCGUAUAUCAAUGGUAAGGAUGGCUGUCAUUUACUCCCCACUUCCUAUCCCUUCUUGCCUGCCUGCCCCACAUCCUCAGCAGGGCAGCAGAGACCAAAGCAUGGUGCUAGCCCAGAAAAUGAUGCCAUCUUGGUUUGGGAAGAAGUCAAGUGAAAAAGAAAGUGCUGCCUAGAGGCCCUGGGUCUGAUGGCAAAAGUCAUCAUGCUUUCAAACUAAGGACACUUGGUUUUGUCUGGUAAUUGGUCCAAAAAUGACAAAUUGUUUCUUCUUGAGAGUCACAGGCACAGUGACAUGAUGAUGGCAUCUUCACUGUGGGUCCUAAAGGCCAAGAUUUCAGAAAAGCAUCAUUUCCUCUUUCAGUGUUCCAGUCAAGAGGCCUUCAUUGUACAUUCUGUCCAGAGUCAAAUUUGCAAUAAUUUCCAAAUUGGCAUCUGUUGCUACACGUCAUGUAACUGGCCCUCUUUCUCUUCCCCUAAAUGCAAGCAUGUUUUCUAAAAGCUUACAACUUUGAAUUCAGGAAUGUCCAUGUGCCUAUUAUUAUCAGGCUUGUGAUCGGUUCAAUUUUUGCUUGUCCAAAAGAAGGGAAAUUGUGUAUUUACUCCAUGCAUGUAAUAAAAACUGCAAAAAAAAUUUAACCCACAUAGGUUUGCGAAAUUGCAAAAUUGUUCAUGGGGCUAUGUAGCAAAUGAUUCUCUGCCUUGACAAUCAUGUAUACAUAUCAAAAUUUCUAUCAUAAUGAUAAAAGGGAUUGAUGACUACUUGUUUUCCUCCAAUAAAGAUAAUUAAAUCACCAA